GAUAAUAGGCGCGCGCGCUCUACGGUAAAACGGGCGAGAGCGAGCGGCGGCAGACGCGCGGCGCGGCGCGUCCACUCACCCAAGAUUAUUUCAGAUGACAUUAUUCAACUUUUGUUUCAUAUCGCUGCUGCUCGGAUUUAUCCGUGCGCUCCGAAUGGCACGAGUGAUCUGAAGGUUAGGUGCAUCUUUGCUUCUUGCGGUGCGUUUUUAUUGUUUGUUGUGCCUUGGAAGAUGUGAUGUGCAGGUGAUGCGAGAUCCUGUUGCAACCCCAAAGUGGCAAGGUCCUGUUGGAUGCGACCUCGACUCUUGAGGAUGACAUGUUCUCUCGCUGCGUGCGUCGUAUGGGUUUAGGAUGUCCAGAGCAGGCGGGGAUUUUUGGGCAAACCUGGGAUUUACAUCCUCACCUAUAGCUACGGCGUAUUAUGUUGGAGGUGGAAGCCAAGCAAACAUUCUCCGGUUUUUUCCUCAUCUGUCGCUGGCGUCAAAAUAAUUCCGUGAUUCAUCUGUAGCCAGUGGAGGGGCAGAGGACAGAACAGCACCCCACCACCUCCACCUCCACCUCCACCACCACCUCACACCCUCCUCUUUUAUCCCAAACAUUGCAACCACGGAUCACUAACAGAACUCAAAGUGGCUUCUUUAUAAAAAAUAAAAAGGCACCUCAGGUGGCGGUGAAAGGCGAAGACAUCAUUUACUCUUGGAACAAUGUUAUGGAGGACUUAAAAGACCUUUCUUUUUGGACCCGGAUGCAACACAAUAGGCAUACAGGUUCCUUCAAAUUUACGCACCUGGACUCUAUGGACUCAGCUGAAGAAUAUCAGUGAAUGUUGCAUGACCAUGAAAUGAAACUGUAAACACCUUGCAUGUUGUGAGGUUUUUUUCCAAAUUUUUUUAUUUAUUUAUUUAUUUUUUUUGCCGCCUCAGUGGACUUACAUCUUCCUCAAGCCUCGUUGUGGCGUUCCAAGUGCAUUUAUGGACAUUGCUGCACUCACUUGAGGUCUUGUCCAAUAACUGUAUUGAACUGUACGGUUACAAACCCACGCACCAAAAUGGAGUUUGCUAUGGUCGGAGCAGACAGCAGCGGGUGCAAUCCCCACAUGCCGUACGGAUAUGCACAAGCUCGCGCCAGGGAGAGAGAGCGCGAGCGAGAAAGGCAUUCACGCGCAGCGGCGGCGGCAGCUGCGGCGUCCGAGCCCAGUGCAGCAGGAGACGGAGGUGGCGGCGGCGGUGGUGGAGGUGGUGGUGGUGGUGGUGGCGGCGGCUCGUGCGCACACCCCUACGGUCAGCCAUAUCCGACUCGCACCGCCUCCUCUACUAAUGCCAACCAUGGAAGCGGAGGGACUGCUUCGCGCCCCUCCUCCUCCUCCUCCACGCAGCAGGCGCAACAGCAGUACGAGUCGCAGCAGCAACUUCUGAGAGAGCGCAAAAAGCAGAGAGGAGUCGCGCGCUGGAGGCGGCACCGCGCGGCUCUCGGUGGGGACCUGCGCCACUCGGAGUUGGCGCUUCUCGGAUCCGAGGAGGACGUUAUGAUAGAAGAGGACGAGGAGGCCGAGGGCGACGAGGAAGACGACGACGGGGGAAGCAAGAGGUCCAGUUUUAUCUAUACCAUGGACGACGAGGAGACGGCGUCUCUCACGGACAGGCGUCCGCAGUCUGGAUACGAGAACGUCUACAGCGAGUAUGGCUGCUGCGAGAGAGUCGUGAUCAACGUGUCCGGGCUGAAGUUUGAAACUCAGCUCAAGACCCUCGCGCAGUUUCCUGACACGCUCUUGGGAGACCCCUCCAAGCGGAUCAGGUACUUCGACCCACUGCGCAACGAGUACUUUUUUGACAGAAACCGACCGAGUUUCGACGCCAUUCUGUAUUUCUAUCAGUCAGGGGGACGGUUAAAGAGACCCGCCAAUGUACCUUUCGACAUCUUCACCGAAGAGGUCAAGUUCUACGAACUUGGCGAGGAGGCCAUGAUGAAGUUCCGCGAGGACGAGGGGUUCGUCAAGGAGGAGGAAAAAGCGCUGCCGGAGGACGAAUUCAAGCGGCAGAUUUGGCUCCUGUUUGAGUACCCCGAGAGCUCGAGCCCUGCUAGAGGCAUUGCAGUGGUGUCCGUGUUGGUUAUCGUCAUAUCAAUAGUUAUUUUCUGUUUGGAAACCUUACCAGAAUUCAGGGACGACAAAGAUUUCCUUAGCCCAGGUAAAAACUUGACGCACACAGACAACGGAUUUACGCCCUUCAACGACCCGUUUUUCAUUGUGGAGACCGUAUGCAUUAUCUGGUUCUCGUUUGAGAUCAUAGUGCGCUUUUUUGCCAGUCCGAGCAAAGCCUCCUUCUUCAAAAACAUUAUGAACUUUAUAGACAUUGUCUCCAUUUUGCCUUAUUUCAUAACUCUUGGCACGGACCUUGCGCAACAGCAAGGGAACGGGCAACAGGCCAUGAGCUUUGCCAUUCUGAGAAUAAUACGACUGGUCAGGGUUUUCCGGAUCUUCAAGCUUUCCCGACACUCCAAAGGACUCCAAAUUCUCGGGCACACUUUGCGCGCGAGCAUGCGCGAGCUGGCGCUGCUCAUAUUCUUCCUCGUGAUUGGGGUAGUGCUCUUCUCCAGCGCCGUGUACUUCGCUGAAGCAGAUGAACCCAAGUCACAGUUCACGAGCAUCCCGGACGCCUUCUGGUGGGCCGUCGUCACAAUGACGACCGUAGGCUAUGGAGACAUGAAGCCCAUAACUGUGGGUGGAAAGAUAGUAGGCUCGCUAUGCGCCAUUGCCGGCGUCCUGACCAUUGCGCUCCCGGUACCAGUCAUCGUCUCCAACUUUAAUUACUUCUACCACAGGGAGACUGAUAAUGAGGACCAGACACCUGUGGUCGAGUACCCGCCCACGGGAUGCCCGUAUUUCCCGGAUUUCCUGAAAAAGUUUAAAGGAUCUCAGUCUGGGUCGUCACUGGGUGACAAAGCUGCCGAGUACAUGGAGAUGGAAGAAGGUGUGACGGAGUCACUUUGCGGUCUAGACAAGCAAAGUCCGAGUAGAGGGAACGGAACUGACAUUGGCAGGAGAAACAGUACACAGUCAAGAAGCAUACAGACAGAUGUAUGAUUAUAAAUCUCACCCUGAUGACUUUCUAUGGAGGGUUUCGUGAAGAUGAUUGCACAAUUCACUUAUCAGCACACAUGCACGCCCGAGUGCGCAAGCUGCGCGCGCUCGGACGCACACUCCCCCCACACACAACCGCGCGCAUUACCAGACAUGCACAAAAUGCAGCAGGCACGCACGCACGCACGCAGGCACACGUUUUUAUUUCCUAUGGACCUAGGCUGAAACAGUGUUUGCAAUGUGGCUACUGUUUUUUUUUAGACAAACACAUCCUGUACUCGAAUAACAGGCGACGCAAAAAUCACCAGCUUUACCCAACCUAGGAAGGUGUGAGUUUUGGCCCAUUUACACUGUAGGCAGAAUUUUUUUCCAGUUAAAAAAAAUACAGAAAGGAACAAACAAGUAUUUUUUGCAUAGGCACUUUAUAAGUUACAUAUUGUCAGAAGACGUCAAUGUUAGAGCAAGAAGCGAGCUGUUAAUGUGAGGUUGUUAUGCAAUAAAGUUGAAAUCAUUUGCACUAUCAUUAAAUAUGUUCUAUUCUCAAAUCAAAGAAAAGCAGAGAUGACCAGAUACACGUCUGAGAGAGAGAGAGAGAGAGAGAGAGAGAGAGAGAGAUAUUCAAUAACUAUUUAGUAACAGCUGUUGUGAAGGACAUGCACAGUUACACAUCGUCUCAUGUUUUAUGAAAACUCAGCAAAUUAGACGCCACAAUAAACUGCCCUAACUUCAUUAUGCCACAAAAUUAAACGUCAGAACCAUUUAAUUAUUUUAUGAGCGUCGAACAAAUCAGUUAUUUUUCCAUUUUGCCACAAAUUCUGGGAUUAAACACCUAAGUGUAGAUGUCACCCCGUAGACAUAACUAGGCCAAAAUACCGGUAUUGCAUCUCAAAAUGAAUAUCAUGCACAAGUGUCUCUGACGCCAUGGCUGGGAAGGGACAGUCCUGUCAUUUGGGUCAUAGUGCUGCCACGGGAAUACGUCUUUUUAAAUUAUUUUCAAAAGGGAAUGCGUCAUGCAACUGUUUACUUUGCGUCCCUUUAACCAAAAUGACAAUGCAUCCCUUUACAAGGACGCCGACGGGGGGAACAAAUCAAAAGCUUUCGUGGAAACAUGAACUGGCGCUCCGCACUUGUGCUUUUGGUGGACUUUAUGCACAAAAAAAACCCCACCACCUCUGGAUGGAAAACUGGUCUUCCAGGAGCUCGCAGGGACCACAUGGCCUCACCGGAGCGCCUCACUGUGCAAGUGUGUCUUGUGCACAAGAAUCCAAGGCGCCAUUGAAUUGAACUCCCCACACAAAGGAUUCACAAUGACUGAGCUUUCAGAGAGAACAGAGAUCGGAGGAACCAAAAAAAAUAAAUAAUGACCCAGAG